CUUUCUGAAGGUGUUUUUUCACCAAUCUUUUUUCUCUCUGUCUCUGUCUUCCUCUCUUACUUUAUAUUUCUCUCACUCUAUUAUAUAUCAAAAACAAACAUCAUGGAUGAUCUGCCGUCCGGUUACCGUCCUAACGUCGGUGUCUGCCUCAUCAAUUCCGAUAAUCUGGUGUUUGUGGCUUCCAGAUUAAAUGUACCAGGAGCAUGGCAAAUGCCUCAGGGAGGGAUAGAAGAGGGAGAAGAGCCUAUUUCUGCUGCAGUUAGGGAGCUUCGAGAAGAAACUGGAGUGGUUUCUGCAGAAAUAAUUGCAGAGGUACCUAAAUGGUUGACUUAUGACUUCCCACCUGCCGUUAAGGCUAAAGUGAACCGUUUGUGGGGAGGUGGUGAAUGGCAUGGGCAAGCACAAAAAUGGUUCCUCAUGAAACUGACAAAAGAUGAAAGCGAAAUCAAUUUGGCGAGUGGUGAAGCUGACCCUGAAUUUUCAGAGUGGAAAUGGGCAAACCCUGAAGAGGUUAUUGAACAGGCAGUGGACUACAAAAGGCCGACAUAUGAGGAGGUUAUAAGAACGUUCAGGUCUCACUUAAAUGAUGGUGGAAAAGCAGCUGCCAAGUGUAGGUCGACGAAAUGGUAAACAUGUCAAGUCAGGUUGGUGUAUCUAACAAAAAACUAUUAAAGUGUAAGCUUUAGAACCCAGAAUGAUUGCACUUGCUCUUUGUACAUGAUGUGACGAUUAAAACCUUCUCAUAUAGGUUUCCAUUUAUUCGUAAUAAUAAGCUACUGCCUAGUUUACAGUUCA